UAAACUCCCACGUCAACGUAAACCGCGUGUCCACCACUCCGCGCGCGCCCUUAUAACCCCUUCCCUCCCACCGCCCUCAAUCUCCGUCGUCCCCCUCCGUCGCCCAAGCCUCGAUAUUUCUUGCCAACCAAAUCACUUCCUCUCUCUCUCUCUCUCUCUCUCUCUCUCUCUCUACAAAGUAUUCCGCCCGUUGCCCCGAUACAAUUGAUCUCUGGUUUGCUCCGGAAUUGUUUCGAUGUCGAUCAGAACUGUGAAAGUCAGCAAUCUCUCCUUAGGUGCAACAGAGCAGGAUAUAAAGGAGUUUUUUUCAUUUUCUGGUGAAAUUGAAUAUGUCGACAUGCAUAGUGAGAAUGAACGGUCUCAGAUUGCACAUGUUACCUUCAAGGAUCCUCAGGGGGCAGAGACUGCGGUUCUUCUUUCGGGAGCGACAAUAGUUGAUCAGUCUGUUGGCAUAGCUCUUGAACCGGAUUACAAGUUGCCACCUGCUGCUUCAGCAACACCUUGUGCAACAGAGAACAAAAAUCCAGGUGGGUCUGGAUCUGCUAUCCAAAAGGCGGAGGAUGUUGUCACCGGCAUGUUGGCCAAGGGCUUUAUAUUGGGCAAAGACACACUCAACAAAGCCAAGACCUUUGACGAGCAGCACCAGUUGACUUCCACGGCAUCUGCCAAAGUUGCUUCUCUGGACCAGAAAAUCGGUCUCAGUGAGAAGAUCAACAUGGGGACAACAUUGGUGAACGAUAAGGUGAGGGAAGUGGACCAGAAGUUUCAGGUUUCCGAAAAGACCAAGUCUGCUUUAGCGGCUGCCGAGCAGACAGUUAGCACUGCGGGGUCUGCCAUCAUGAAGAACCGAUAUGUUCUAACUGGCACUUCGUGGGUCACCGGCGCUUUCAGCAGGGUUUCCAAGGCGGCGGAAGACGUGGGAAAAAAGACGAAGGAGAAAGUGGCGGAGGAAGAACAGGGGAGAUAUUCGGCACAGGGUUAUUCUCAGGUUCACGAUUGAUAAAGAUUUGGCAAUCUUGUGUGGAUAUAUAUGUGUGUGAUGGUAGUUUUGAUCUUUGGGUUCUUAUGGAUUGCCAUUUAUGCUUAUGUUAUGAUACCAAUAAAUAUCCAUAAGCUUGUGUGGUGUAUUGUUGGGGUAUGUUUGCACAGAUGGUACCUAAUUCUUCGUUUGGAUGCUACAUAAUAUAUAAUAUAAAUUAGCGCUUAAA